GGGAGAAAGACAGUUACUCGUUCUUCGCGUACGUACUUAGGCACAGGCAGCAAAUCUGCAGUUGAUUAACAAGAUAGUCAGUAAACUUUAUUGCGAAACGCAAAGGUUUUGAUUGAAAAUUGGGUACAAUGGAAUCUAACAAGUCGGAAUCGACGCCAAAGCAAGCUAUGGUAUACAUUUGCGGAGAAUGUCAUCAUGAUAAUGAAAUACGCCCAAGAGAUCCAAUUCGAUGCCGAGAAUGUGGAUAUAGGAUCAUGUACAAAAAACGAACUAAAAGACUUGUUGUGUUUGAUGCACGAUAAAGCAAUCUAUCUUUCUGUAUAAA